AUGCCCUCCUCGCCAAAAGACACUUCGGUGGUCCACCUACCCCUCUUUGCGGUCGCGUAUCUGCGCCGUGGGCAACGUCAGGACCGGAAUUGGACAUAUCGGCAAGCCUUCACAAAUACUGUUCUCAAAGUGUCUCUGCAAUUGUUCACAGCGUUUCACAUGAGACCAUCUCUUAGUCUAAAGCCGCAUGUUGAAGGCGAUCGGUUUGUUCUCGUUGAACCUGCAAAACGUGAACUAUACACCGGUGUCGCAGUAGACCCAAAGAUCGAACCAGAGAUGACAGGAGGUACCUGGUACCCAAAGCGCUUUUCAUCAGAAUCUUUCAUCCCCGAAGGGCAAUAUGUCGUACUCCACCUACAUGGUGGGUCGUACAUAAUGGGCGACGGCCGAACAGCGUCCUGUGGCUUUUUGGCCAAGAAUUUUCUAUCUCACACGCCAUCGGCUUAUGUGUUCUCUCUUCAAUAUCGAUUAGCUGGCGACCCGAGAGGUCGGUUUCCAGCACAACUCCAAGACGUCAUUUCCGGCUACUCCUACCUGAUUCACACAUUGCGCAUUCCAGCAUCACGCAUUGUGCUUAGCGGCGACAGUUGUGGAGCAGAUCUGGUCUUGGCACUGCUCCGGUAUAUUGUGCAAUACAACAGUCCGUCUCUUCUUCCAGCACCAAAGUGCGGCUGGGUCUUCUCACCUUGGUGCAAUGUUCCAAAUGGGCUUAACACUGACGCCUGGAUGAACAGCCCAAGAUACAGAACUGAGUGUAUUCCCCCAUCAUUCCCUGCCUGGGGUGCGAAGCACUUCCUUAGUGACUUGGAGAUUACCGAGUCAGUAGAGCAAUACGUGGCCCCUAUACUACAUCCUUUUCCUUUGCCUUCCCCUGUGUUGAUCGUCUCUGGGGGUCGAGAGGUACUAUGUCAGGAACACCAAGAACUUGCAAAUCUGUUCCGGAAGAUUCCGCAGAACACGACUUCUGUUGAAUUCUUUGUGGAGGAGAAUGUGCCUCAUGAUGUUUUGAUGAUUGGCUGGCUUUUAGGUUUUCGAAAAGAGGCUCGUCGGUGCUCGGAGAGAGCUGGAGAAUUUGUGAGGGGAUUACAGAAGGAAGGCUAG